AAAUGGCAAGAUCUAAUGCUCAAAACCUCUUAUCACGUUUUUGCGUUUAGGACUUGGAGUGUGGUGGUCUCGGCACUUUCACCUGUCAUUCCUUCUUCAAUCCUCUCUUCAAUGGCAAGCAUCUCUACAAGCUCUCCCCCAUCCCUUCGCAACUUGAGAUCGGAAUGUUCCUAUUCUUCUUCUCCCGCCUUCACACCCUUGACUCGUGUAUCGUUCCCGGCGAAGAUUUCUCACCUCUCCGGUAAAUCUCCGAACCACCGUGACAGCGAAACGAGAAAAAUAACAGAGAGAAUCAUUACAAGGGUAGUAGACAAGAGGGUCUCUGACGCACCCUUCUCAGAUGCUUCUCCGCCACCUCCACAAUCAAAGGUGAGGAAGCACACGAUUUCGGUAUUUGUUGGAGACGAGAGCGGAAUGAUUAACAGGAUCGCAGGAGUCUUUGCGAGGAGAGGAUACAACAUCGAGUCUCUUGCGGUUGGUCUCAACAGAGACAAGGCUUUGUUCACCAUUGUGGUCUCUGGAACUGAAAGGGUGCUUCAGCAGGUCAUUGAGCAGCUUCAGAAGCUCGUUAAUGUUCUAAAGGUUGAAGAUAUCUCGAGUGAGCCGCAAGUGGAGCGUGAGUUGAUGCUUGUGAAAGUGAAUGCACAUCCAGAAUCCAGGGCACAGAUCAUGUGGCUAGUUGACACAUUCCGAGCCAGAAUUGUAGAUACUGCGGAACAUGCAUUGACUAUUGAGGUAACUGGAGAUCCUGGGAAAAUGAUUGCUGUAGAAAGAAAUUUGAGAAAAUUUCAGAUCAGAGAGAUUGUCAGGACAGGAAAGAUAGCACUGAGAAGGGAAAAGAUGGGUGCAACUGCUCCAUUUUGGCGGUUUUCAGCAGCUUCCUAUCCAGAUCUCAAGGAGCAAGCACCUGCUAGUGUUCUUCUAGGUAGCAAAAAAGGAGCUGUGGUCCCUCCAACCGAAAAAACAACAGGGGGAGAUGUUUAUCCCGUUGAGCCAGCUUCUGACCUAAUGGUACACCGUGUUCUUGACGCUCACUGGGGACUUCUCACGGAAGAAGAUACGAGUGGGCUACGGUCACAUACUCUAUCUUUGCUUGUAAACGAUGUUCCAGGAGUUCUUAAUCUCAUUACUGGUGUUUUCUCUCGAAGGGGAUACAACAUUCAGAGCUUGGCCGUAGGACAUGCUGAAACAGAGGGAAUUUCACGCAUUACAACAGUUGUUCCUGCGACAGAUGAAUCAAUCAGCAAAUUGGUGCAACAACUUUAUAAACUCGUAGAUGUGCAUGAGGUCCAUGAUCUUACUCAUAUGCCAUUUUCUGAAAGAGAACUGAUGCUGAUUAAGAUUGCUGUGAACGCUGCUGCGAGAAGAGAUGUCCUGGACAUUGCUAGUAUUUUCAGGGCAAAAGCUGUUGACGUAUCUGAUCAUACCAUUACAUUGCAGCUUACUGGGGAUCUUGACAAGAUGGUUGCACUGCAAAGAUUGUUGGAGCCCUACGGUAUAUGCGAGGUUGCAAGAACAGGGCGUGUGGCAUUGGCUCGUGAAUCCGGAGUGGAUUCGAAGUAUCUUCGUGGAUACUCUUUUCCCUUAACAGGUUAACAACCCAAUGGCAGAGUAGGAUACAAAAACUGUAUCCGUGGAACAGCAAAAAUGACUUUUGAAGAUAAAAGUUUCAUUAAAUAUUUUAUGAGCCAACCCAAAGGUCUAUAGCUAGAGAGACUGUGUAGAUAUGUUUGGGAACUUUGUUUAUUUUAUAAUUAGCAGAUUUUUGAAUUUUGUGACUUCAUUUCAGUUCCUUUAUUUUGAGAAUAAACUGUUGUUGGGAUUGAUA